GGGAUCUUUGUGCCAGCCACCUUAAGAGCUGGUAGGGGUGGAGGAUGGCUGGAUUCAAGACUCACAGAGCUAGAAGGAUCUGUGGGGGUUGAAGGAGUUGGGUCUGUCUGUCCCUCCCUCUGGUCAGGGGGUGGAGGCGCCACUGUCUAGGCUGAGGCAGAGGGCAGAUACAUCUCCCCCUUCUGCUGGUGAAGUCAGGUGGAAGGGAGAAAAGGUGUACUUCGAGCUCAUUUAACUAACCUCCAUAGGAAAGUGGAGCUCAGGGGGCAGGGACAGCAAGAUAGUCUGAGCAGCAUCUCUCCUCUUAUUGUGUCCCUAACAGCCCUUAACCCUCUAAGCACCUAGGAAUCCACGCAGCCCCGGACUAUUUGAUUCACCUGUCCCCCAAAAAAUUAGGUAAGAAGGGAUUAGGGGGUAAAAACUCUUAAGUAAGAGACGGGAUGGUGUACAGAGACGGCCAGAGAGGGCCAUCCCGUCCAAGCGUGGGUCUUCCAGCCGUCAGGUCCAUGGCUGGCAGGCCUGUGCCCUCCGGACGCCAGGAGGAGGAGACUUCCAAAGACCAUGGGCUGAAACUAUCACCAGCGUGGCCUCCAGGCCGUCUGCCCAGCAUCGAUGACACCCGACCAGAGGGCUCAGGCCCGGCCUCCCGCCGUGGCUCCGUGCUAGGUCCGACCUCGUCCUUUUUGCGCCGCAACUCGCUGGCCGGGCCAGGCGCAGGUUUGGGGGGUCGGCGCCCAUCCCUGGGCCCCCUGCCCCCUCUAGGCUCGCGGGUCAGCUUCUCUGGCUUACCCCUGGCGGCCGCCCGCUGGGCAGAACCCUCGUACCGCACGGAGCCGGCGCCAGGGGAGCGCUGGGAGGCCGUGCGCGCACAGUGGGCCCUGGAAGCGGCGUUGUAGGCAGGAUUGCGCGACGCGCGCUACUCCCGCGCCGAGGCCGGGCGGCUGGCGCGGGAGCUGUGCGAGCUGGUGCGCGUGCGCCUGCGCGAGCUCAGCCCGCCGCGCUACAAACUGGUGUGCAGCGUGGUGCUGGGGCCGCGCGCCGGCCAGGGCGUGCGCGUGGUCAGCCGCGCGCUCUGGGACGCGGCGCGCGACGGGCUGGUCUCGGCCGCCAUCACCAACACCUCCCUCUUCGCCGUGGCCACGGUCCACAGGCUCUACUGCGAGUGA